AUGAAGAAAACACCAAGUUCGAGUAAUAGUAAUCCUUUGUAUGAGAAGUACAUUCAUAACUCAUAUGUUUAUAGAGCUUGGGCAUGCCUUCACCUUCUGCUUUUGCUGAGUUUCUUGACUUAUCGUUUGUUUUAUUCUCUGGAUGAAUGCUGUGGAGUAAUAUGGAUCAUUGCUUUUUCCUGUGAGCUUUGGUUUUCUUUGCAAUUUCUUCUUUAUCAGAACUCGAUAUGGCUGUCGGUUGAAUAUAAAGCAUACCCAGAGAGGCUUGAACGCAGGUAUGGUGGAGAAUCCGCUUCUGAGCUUCCUCCUGUGGAUAUAAUUAUCACUACAACCGACCCUUAUAAGGAGCCUGCUAUAAUAACGGCCAAUACUGUCCUUUCAGUGCUUGCAUUGGAUUAUCCAGUAGAAAAAAUUGCAUGUUAUGUAUCAGAUGAUGGCGGUUCUCCUAUUACUUUCUACUCUCUUGUAGAAACCUUGGAAUUUGCCAAAAAAUGGGUGCCUUUCUGCAGGAAUUUCAAUAUUGAGUUAAGGAUUCCAAUAAUGUAUUUCUCCAAAACACCCAAGUCAUCAGAUCCAAAAUUUCUCGAACAAUGGCAGGUCAUGAAGGAUGAAUAUGAACGUCUGAAGAGAAGGAUUGCUGAUGCAUUGGAGAGAGGACAUGUUACAUUGAAAUCUGUUUCUGAGAAUGACGUUAAUGAUUUUGUGUACAAAAGAUCAGACGUUAAAAACCAUUCAAGUAUAGUGAAGGUUAUUCAUGAAAACAAAGUAAGCCAAGGAAAUGAUGAUUUGGUUCUGCCACACUUAAUCUACGUUGCAAGAGAAAAAAGACCUAUGUUCAAUCAUCAUUAUAAAGCUGGAGCAAUGAAUGUUAUGGCAAGGAUUUCGGGACUGAUGACCAACGCUCCUUUCAUUCUUAAUUUGGAUUGUGAUACGCAUGUCUGCAACCCAAAAGUUAUACAGCAUGCCAUGUGCUUUUAUUUGGACUGUCCUUCUGAAAGAGACUGUGGUUCUAUUCAAUUUCCGCAGUUGUUUUAUGGAACCCUUGAGGAUGACCCAUUUGGAAAUCAGUUAAAAUCUGUGUUCAAUAUCCUUUUCAAAGGUAUGAAUGGAAUCCAAGGUCCUGUGUAUGGAGAACAUGCUGCUUCCAUAGAAGAAAAGGAGUUUCAAGAUGAAGCUAUAAGAAGUGCGUUUGGAGUAUCUUCUGCUCUUGUAUCAUCUGCUGAGGCCAUUAUGAGAGACAAUGGGUUCCAAAAUAAGUCAUAUCCUUCGCUGGCUAUAGAGGAGGCCUUGAGGAUUGCUAGUUGUUGCUAUGAAACUCACACUGCUUGGGGAAAAGAGAUGGGAUGGAUGUAUGGAUCCUCUGUUGAGGAUCUCAUGACAGGGUUGAAAAUUCACAGCUUAGGUUGGCAUUCAAUAUAUUACGCCCCUGAGAAGCCUGGUUUCAUGGGAUGUGCACCAGGGAACGGUCCAGAUAGUCUUGUGCAGUACAAGAGAUGGGCCACGGGAACGCUUGAAAUAUUGAUAAGUAGAUUGUGCCCUUUCCUGGGUAAGAAUAGCCAACUGACACUUCGCCAGAGGAUGCUUUAUGUUUAUUUCACCAUGAUGCCAAUCACCUCAAUGGCAGCAAUGGGUUAUGUACUAUUGCCUGCCUUCAGUCUGUUUAGUGGCAAAUCAUUCCUUCCCAAGGUUAAAGACCCCGCAUUUAUGGUUGCAGCUGGUUUAUUCAUUUCAAUGUAUGGAAAUGAUCUUUCUGAAUAUCUUAUGUGUGGUUGUUCUGUAAGAGAAUGGUGGAAUAAUCAGAGGAUGGGGUUGAUAUCGAGAUUAUCUUCACAGUUGUUUGCAUUAUUUGAUGUUGUCAUGAAGUUAAUAGGAUUAUAUGAAACAGUUUUUGUUGUAACACCAAAAGGUUGUGAGAAUGAAGGGGGUAAUGAGGGCGAUUUUACCUUUAAUUCUUCUCCUUUGUUCAUUCCACCAACUACAGAAGUAUUGAUAAACUUAGUAGCUUUAAUUCAGAGCACUUUGCAAAUUGUGGGCGGGCAAUGUGAAGUUAAGGACAAGCUAUUUGUAGAAUAUUUUUGCAGCGCUUGGGUGGUGAUUAAUUUGUGGCCCUUCUUGAAAGGACUGUUCAGAAAGGGUAAAUUUGGACUUCCAUGGAGUGUGGUCAUUAAAGCUUGUGCUUUGGCUGUAUUUCUAAGCAGAACAUGGCUUCGUUAA